GAGCCAAACCUGCGGGCGGUGGCGGCUGCACUCCCAGGACCCUGGCAACCGACCCUGGCCCCAAGGCCCGAUCACCCAGGGGAGGAGCAGCACCGGGACCCCGUGCCGGCUGGGCGCCCCCCAAGGGAAGCCAGUCUUAAUACGAUGGAAACAUCUCUGAACUUCUAAAAGACCAAGGUUGGAGUUUUAGCUCUUAAUUUUACUUCAUCUUGGCCAGAAUUCACAAUGACAACGGUGACAGUGACCACAGAAAUUCCCCCAAGGGAUAAGAUGGAAGAUACUUCUGCCUUGUAUGAGUCUACAUCCGCUCACAUUAUUGAAGAAACCGAGUAUGUGAAAAAGAUUCGAACUACUCUGGAAAAGAUCAGAACCCAAAUGUUUAAAGAUGAAAUAAGACAUGACAGUACAAAUAACAAACUAGAUACAAAGCACUGUGGAAACCUUCAGCAGGGCUCUGAUUCUGAAAUGGAUGCUUCUUGUUGCAGUUUGGAUUUGCUCAUGAAAAAGAUAAAAGGAAAAGACCUACAGCUCUUAGAAAUGAACAAAGAGAAUGAAGUAUUGAAAAUCAAGCUGGAAGCCUCCAGAGAAGCAGGAGCAGCAGCGCUGAGAAACGUGGCCCAGAGAUUAUUUGAAAACUACCAAACACAAUCUGAAGAAGUGAGAAAGAAGCAUGAGGACAGUAAACACUUACUCCAGGUUAACAAGCUUGAAAAAGAACAGAAAUUGAAACAACAUGUUGAAAAUCUGAAUCAAGUUGCUGAAAAACUUGAAGAAAAACACAGUCAAAUCACAGAAUUGGAGAACCUUGUACAGAGAAUGGAAAAGGAAAAGAGAACACUACUAGAAAGAAAACUGUCUUUGGAAAACAAACUACUGCAACUCAAAUCCAGUGCCACAUGUGGAAAAAGUUGCCAGGAUCUUCAGAGGGAGAUUUCCAUUCUCCAGGAGCAGAUCUCUCAUCUGCAGUUUGUGAUUCACUCCCAACAUAUGAACCUGCGCAGUGUCAUCCAGGAGAUGGAAGGAUUAAAAAAUAAUUUAAAAGAACAAGACAAAAGAAUUGAAAAUCUCAAAGAAAAGGUUAACAUACUUGAAGCCCAGAAUAAAGAACUAAAAACCCAGGUAGCACUUUCAUCUGAAACUCCUAGGACAAAGGUAUCUAAGGCUGUCUCUACAAGUGAAUCGAAGACCGAAGGUGUUUCCCCUUAUUUAAUGUUGAUUAGGUUACGGAAAUGAACUGGCUGGCUGAAGAUUUGAUUUAGAAAGACUGUGUGAGUCUUAUUUAUUCUCUGAAACACAGCACAAAUUUCGUGUUAAAAUGGCACAAUGCCAUUAUUUAAAUGGAACUUAUUAUAUACCAAUGCCUUUGCAAGAAGAUGACAUUUCAGAAAAUCAAACAAAUAUGUAUUUAAUGGAUGGACUCUUCAAAACUUACCAAGUAGGUGAAGAAACCAGGUGCCUUCCCAUGAUGGAAGACAGAUUCUGCUUUAAAUUAAAAAAAUACAAAUCUGAAUCUUGUUUUCAGAUUUUUUUCUAC